CGAAGGCUCAGUUUACCAACAAACAUGAUGGACGAAACAACGUUUAGCUCUGGCAGCAUGUACUCCAGUGGCGAGGAAGAACUGCUGGCCAGCGAAGGCCUACGGUUGAGUCGAUCUACCCGGUGGCGGGAACGUAGUCGUCACGUGAGCUACGAACCGGCAAUGUUAUUGUUUUGCUUUGCGCUCAGUUUAUCAGGUCAGUCGCACACUGAAUUGACUCAUCAAGUUAUGUACCAGACUUGUCGGCUGCAGGGAUUUGAGCGCCAUGACUGUCUUCUUGUAGGAACGGAUGCUACUCCACCAGGAGUCGAAGAGAUUGAAGCUUUAGUAAAACCGGCGGCAGCUAGUGUUACAAUGGUGAUAGUGGUUAUCAAGUCGGUGAUACCGGGCUUUGGUGCACUGUGGUUGGGCGCAUGGUCCGAUCGUCACGGUAGAAAGCCUGUGGUGGUGAUAACAUCCUGUGGUCUGCUUCUGACGUAUUUUGUUCAUACGGGGCUGAAUUUUGUGUCUUCAUUCGUUCAACUUAAUCCCUGGUAUUAUGUUGCGGCAUAUGUCCCGUUCGCUGUACCUGGAGGGAUGGUGGUUAUUGGAGCAGCAGUGUUUGCGUCCCUUGCCGAUGUGACAAACGAUCACAACCGUACCUUCAGAAUGGGUUUCAUGAAAGCUGCAAUGCUAGCAGGAAGCUUGGCGGGAUCGUUUUCUAGUAGAUACAUUUUGGAAUGGACUGGAGAUACAACACUAUUUGUGAUAGCGACUGCUUGUGUACUGGUCGGAGUAAUCUAUACAGGAUUAUAUGUCGAGGACAGCAUAAUUCCGAGUUCGGACAGUGAACUAGGCAGCAGUUUGGUAGAGCUCUUUUCUACUCGCUCUAUAGAGGAUAUUGUGCAAACUGCAUCGCGUAAAAGAGCGCGAUAUGUUUGGUGGAUUCUGAGUCUGGUCAUCGGUUGCUUGACGCUGAUGGAACUCGCUGCGGGUUAUAACUUGGUGGAGUUUACCUUUACUCGUCAUAGGUUUGAUUGGAGCUUGAAGCAGUACAGUCGGUUUUGGGCCGUUGAAAAUGGCCUCGUUGUUUUAGCGAAUAUUUUGGGAGUUUGGGCGCUAAAAAGUCUCUUCGACUGCAUCGAUACUUUGGUGGCUCUGGUGUCCAUCAUCAGUGCCGUUGUUUGCGCUACAAUUAAAGCAUUCGCCGUUGACGGAUGGCAGAUGUACCUAGCGACUGAAAUAUCGUUCCUCAGAGGCAUGGAAAUGGUUGCCCUUCUGUCGGUGUGCGCCUACUUUGUGCCGUCGAAUGAAAUUGGCAAACUUUACGCACUAAUUUUCUCGGUGGUAGGAUUGGUAACACUUACUUCGGGACCUGCAUUUGGAUUCAUCUACGAGAGUACUGUUGGAAGAAUUCCGGAGUUUUAUAAUUUUGCGGUGGCUGGAAUUUGCGGUGGAGCAUUCGUAAUGUUGGGAUUCCUGCAAUGGCUUGUUAACAGACGAAACCAACCUGAAUUGCUGCUGUGAGACAGAAUAAAUUGAAAGUGUGCUUUCGAAAUUGAACUGAAAAUAGAUUAAAACUGAAUACCAUAGUCGACAAAAAAUGUAUCUUUUUAGCGAUUUAAGACUUGGA